UCCUUUUGCCUUUAUCUACGUAUUUUACUCUCUCAAAAUAUUUCUCUUUUUCUAGCUUUAGCUACGCUCUGCCUCUGCCUCUAGCGAGUCUCUCAUUUCGAUUUUGAUUGCAAAACAUAAAUCCAAAUUUUGUUUUGAUUUUAAUUCUUGGAGAUCCAGAUUUUGAAUCUGGUCUUGAUCUUCUUGAGUUUUGGUAUGAGCUUUCAUGCAUUUCUCACAUUUCGGGCAUUGCAGAUUGAGGGUUUUAAAGGAGAAUGUCAAGGUUCGCAGUAGGUUACGCUUUAGCGCCGAAGAAACAGCAGAGUUUCAUCCAGGAUUCUUUGGUGAAUCUUGCGAAGCAGCGUGGAAUUGAUCUUAUUCGUAUUGAUACGGAUAAGCCUCUGAUAGAUCAAGGUCCUUUCGAUUUGAUUCUUCACAAGUUAUCUGGUGAGGAAUGGAAGAAACAGCUUGAGGAGUACUCGUGUAAGAACCCUAAUGUCUUUAUAGUUGAUCCUCCCGAGGCUAUCGAAAGGCUUCAUAAUCGGAUUUCUAUGCUCCAGGUGGUUUCUGAAUUGGAUAUCCCUCAGGAGAAUGAGACGUUCGGGAUACCUAAACAGAUUGUAAUCUACAAUUCAGGUGCAUUGUUGGAUCCUGUCUCACUGGAGGGUCUGAGGUUUCCGGUGAUUGCGAAACCGCUCGUCGCUGAUGGUAGUGCCAAGUCGCACAAGAUGUCGCUCGUGUUCAACCGUGAUGGAUUGAACAAAUUGAAACCACCCAUCGUUCUGCAAGAAUUUGUGAACCAUGGCGGGGUCAUCUUUAAGGUUUAUGUUGUUGGGGACUGCGUGAAAUGCGUGAAGAGGAAGUCGUUGCCUGAUGUCACGGAGGAGAAAUUGGGAAGUUUGGAGAGCUCAUUAUCGUUCUCGCAGGUAUCCAACUUGACAACUGAGGAAAGGAAUGACGAUAACUAUUACGAGAACAUGCAUUUGGAUGAUACUGAGAUGCCGCCACUGAGUAUCAUUACUGAUAUUGCCAGAGGGUUGAGACAGGCCAUGGGGUUGCAUCUUUUCAACUUCGAUGUCAUUAGGGAUUCAAGAGUUGGGAAUCAUUACCUUGUGAUCGACAUUAAUUACUUCCCUGGGUAUGCUAAGAUGCCCUCUUAUGAGACUGUUUUGACAGAUUUCUUUUGCGAAUUGCUUCAACAAAAGCAGAAACAAUCAGGAGGUUUGGGCAAGGAAGAUACCCCAGCAGUAAAUCCUCUGCUCUGCAACAAGGAAGAAAGAAAGCUUGUAAGCAAUACUUGUUGCAAUGAUGGUGAUGAUGGGGUCCUCCCUGUUCCUCCUUUAACCAGAGAAGGAAAGGAGAGCACCGUCCAAAUCUGAGCAACUUUCAAUUCCAAGGAAGUUUUCUUGCUUGUGGAGCUUGCUAGCGAGCACCUGGAAGGCACUUACGCACCGAGAUGGAUUGAAGCAACCUGGAUGCCCAACCAAUUGCACUGAAUAGGUUGAAAGCUUCAAAUUUACACCUCUCAAGUGUUCUUUUUUUUUUUUUUUUUUUUUUUUUUUUUUUUUUUUUUUUAGAAUGUUCUAUUUUCAUCUUGUAUAUUCUUCCAUGUGCCAGAGAUAGGAAUUUCUCAAAUACUAAGUUUUAGGAAGUUCAAGGUGUUUUUUCAUGUUUCAUAGUUCCAUGCUUCCAAGAGUUCUAGCAAUUUUGGCACUUUUUAAGGCAUGGAAUUUUCCAUUUUAUCCAUUACAUUUUAUUA